CCGAGAUGAACCGAGUGGAGCCGAGCCGAGCCGAGCCGGGACGGGCCAAGCCGAGAUGAGCCGAGUGGAGCCGAGCAGAGCCCAGGUCAGUAUCAGCUAUACCUGUUCUGUUUCAUGUGGUGACAUGGGUGACUGGGACAACAGUGACGAAUUUGUUCAGCGGCUGGAUUUUUCCAGUUGUGGUGAAGAGAGUGAAGACAGAAGCGUAAAUGAGGAGGACUCCCUAAGCUUGAGCCCUCCCAGGAGGUCCGAGUUCCAGAAGUGGCAAGAGAGCAGUCCUCUGCCAGCAACCCCCCCUCAGAGAAAGUUUAGUGAGAUUUUCCUGAGCAGGACAAAAGCCUGGGUGAGUCCCACCUUGAAGGCUUCCCCAGCCGUGAAUAAGACCUGGGGCAGUGCUGAGACACCACUGCACAUCACCUGGAAAAAGCUGCAGCUGUGUGACACCCCCCACACUCCCAAGAGCCUGUUAUCAAAGACACCUUUUCCUUCAUCUGGGAUGAAGGUCCCAGCCAAAGGCUAUCGACAGCCGAGAUACGCUCCUGGUGCUGACUCAGAUGACUCUACCCAAGCUUCUCUUGUCAACAUUAAUCCCUUUACACCAGAGUCGUAUCGACAAAUGCUCUUUCUUUCUAAUGGCAAGAGGAAGACCAGAGAAGAGCUGAAGGAUCCUCGUCCAAGAAGCCAGAUUAAACAGGAGCUACCUCCACAGAGAUAUCCUCUGAAAGAGAGCAAUAUGGUUUCCCGCUACAAGAAGGAGUUCCUGGAACUAGAAAAAAUUGGUGUGGGGGAAUUUGGCUCUGUCUACAAGUGCAUCAAACGCCUUGAUGGAUGUGUUUAUGCCAUCAAACGCUCCAAAAGGCCUCUGGCAGGAUCCUCGGAUGAGCAGCUGGCGCUGCGUGAGGUUUAUGCUCAUGCUGUCCUUGGACACCACCCCCAUGUUGUGCGCUACUACUCGGCCUGGGCAGAGGACGAUCACAUGAUUAUCCAAAAUGAGCACUGCAAUGGUGGGAGUCUCCAAGAUGUGCUGUUGGAAAAUGCAAAGCUGGGGCAGUAUUUCCUGGAAGCAGAGCUGAAGGAAAUAUUGUUACAAGUCUCCAUGGGGCUAAAAUACAUCCACAACUCUGGCCUUGUGCACCUGGAUAUCAAACCUAGUAAUAUCUUCAUCUGUCACAAGCUGGCAGUUGCAGGCCCCGCUGGGCAGGAGAGUGACAGUGAAGAUGAAUUCUCUUCUGGUGUGGUGUAUAAGAUUGGUGACCUUGGACAUGUGACAUCAAUAACAAACCCUCAGGUGGAGGAAGGAGACAGACGGUUCUUGGCCAAUGAGAUUUUGCAAGAGCAAUACUGCAACCUGCCCAAGGCAGACAUCUUUGCCCUGGCACUCACAGUAGCUCUGGCAGCUGGUGCAGCACCGCUGCCUCACAACGGGACCAUGUGGCACCACAUCCGCAAAGGCAACAUCCCACCAAUCCCCCAGAACCUUCCCUGGACCUUUCUUGAGCUCCUUAAGCUCAUGAUCCAUCCUGACCCAGUGGAAAGACCUUCUGCCACAGCUCUGACUAAACACCCUGUUCUCCGUCCUUCAUGUGGAAAAGCUCUGCAGCUCCAGGAAGAGCUAAAUGUGGAGAAAUGCAAGACGGCCAUGCUGGAAAGGGAACUUAAAGCAGCUCGCCUUGCCCAGACCCUCAUGAAGGACCAAGCCUUAGGAAGUGCCAAGUUGCAAGAGUCUGAAACCUCUUCUAAGCAGAAGAGCAAGCGCCUGGUGGGAGGGAAAAGCUGUCGCUCAUUUAGCUUUACUCUGGGUUACUGAAUUUUUGUGUUGUCCAAAAAGCUCUGACUGCUGAAGGGCCCUGUGAAAGCUGAGGGUUUGCACCGACCAAUACCCCAUAUUAUCUCUCCCUGUCGUGUUCUUUUUUUUUUUAACCUCCUUAGUUAUGAUGAGGUGUUGGCUGAGGGAAGAAUGACUGGCUUACAAGUGUUGGAUCAGGGAAUUUAAGGUUAUUGUCCCCAGUCUUUUAAGUGUUAAAUUUCUUGCGUAAUUGGUCUUGAUAUAGACUAAAUGUAGCUCUGCCAUACAAGGGAAAGGAUGGCAUUUUCUCUCCUUACUUCUCUCUUUCUUUAGUUGGGCCCUGUUACUGAUGAUUUUGUGGUCUUAAUGCUCUGGCUGAGUGUAUCUUUAAAGGGGCAAUAGUGGCUGUACAUGGAGACAGCAUCUACAGCAGGGCCCUUCUAGGAGUGAGUAGGCAGAGACUAUGGCUGUGUUAACUACACAUCAGGAGACAGGCUGGUUACAUAGCAGUCCUGGUGGACUUGGGAUGCAAUUGGAGUGACCUUUCACUGAUGGGGGACAAAGAGUAAAAGGAAAUGCUGAGUUAAGGAAUGGAAACUGAAGAAAAACUUUCCUUCCCUUAGCUUUCAGCAACAAAAUUCCUAUAGCUGGGUAAGCUUAGUCCCUGAUGCCGAGUUGUUUUCUGUCGAUCGGCAAGGACUCCUUGUUCAAGUGGGGGAGGUGACUAUGGUGUGCUGGUAGCUGGGUCUGGUACCCGCUUCUCUUCCAGUAUCUCACACUUGGUGCAGCUGCCUGCCUGCAAACUGCACCCUUUCAGCAAAGAUGAGGGGAAUCAGAAAGGGCUUUUCCAGGUUUUUGGAGCUGCCCAUGUAAAUUGUGGUAUGUAUUUCGUAUUUAUUAGACCUCACACUACACCACCCUCCCCUUCCCCUCUAAAUGUGUAUUUGUGGGUCCUGGUCGGCUGUGUCCUGGUCGGACAGAGUGUGCUACACUGUUACGAGGGAGAGUGUAAACUUGGUAACUCGCUUAUUUCCACUUUUUACUGAAGUUUGUUUUAUGAUGCUGGCUUUUAACUGUUAGAUCCUAUAUUGUCAGAACUGAAAAGUGCAAAUAAACAUUUUAUCUUAAUUUUUUUUAACCGA